AUGGAGUUACUCUCAUUUUUCGUAUUUCUUGUUUUUGGUGGCCACUUCUUUGGUCUGCCUUUCUUUGCUUCUGCCCAAGACGCUCCUGUCUUCAUCCAAGGUGGAUUCGAAGACGCUGCAGUGGAUGAUGAAUCGCUCUAUAACACCGGCGGGACUAUCAAAGUCAAUGGAUUUGACAUGGUAGUUCCCAAGAAUGUUUUGGUCCAGUUUCCUGCUGCCUGGGUCCCUUGGAAAGACUUCGUGACUAGCAAGGCAGACUUUGCUGGCUUCGAGACUUUGGUCCUCGGAAACACCAUCAACGGUGUUCAUCGCGUUGCCCAAGUUGUCAUUUAUGAGUUCUUCGAGGGUCUUGCCAGUGGCUUCAUUGAGUCACUCGACUACGCAGACGGAAGCAUCAAAAUCCAGAACGGUCCUACCGUCCGUAUCAGUGACCCCAACGGUGUCUUUUCUGUCGGCUAUGAUGGGGCUCCCCACAUGACGGCAGACGACCAGAGCCCCAGCAUCUCGUCCUUCUCUGGAUUUCCCAUGUGCAUCCCACGCAACGACACUGACCCUCUCUGCCCUCUCAGCAACAGGCCUUUCAGGGGACCUAGAGCCUUCACUGCUCCUGAUCCCCUUGUAAUGGCGCCCUUCCAGGCAGGAGAUUUUAUCACCUUUACUGGCUUCCACAAAGGCAACGAGGUUAUUGCCUUUAACAUUGUUGCGCAAAACGUUCAGAUUCAGACCCUGGGAGACAUUGUAUAUGUUCGGAUGGAGCUCGGCCUUCUGGGCAUUGAUAACCCCAACCCUAACGCUGAAUUCGCGGACUCCAGGUUCAUCGGGUUCACUUCUAAUAACAGAGCAACCGUUGCCUUGUACGCCGUAGAUGUCGACCCUUGUACUGGGGAUGUGACAGACCGUAUCAUCGCCACAAUGGGAUUGCGUGGAGGUCGCAACGAACAGAACAAGUUGGAGUACCGGAAUGGUAUCUUGCAUUCUUACACCAGAGAGUACAAGAUCGUUGCCGAAAUCAACGGCGUUGAGAAGACACGCAUGACCAAGAAUGGUAUCCUCAGUGGCACGUCUGUGCAGCCUGUCAAUGUCUGGGCCCAGGCUGAGCAGAACAUCCCUGGCACGCCGCCGGUUCCUCACGACUUCUCUGAGAUGGCUUUCCUUACCAAGGGCGUUGGCCGCGAUGAGGACGGUAACGUUUGGGGUCCUCUUGACCCAUUCCUCCACACAGGUGUCUUUAUUGAAGCACCUAACUGCCCAACGGAUGGCUCAGCAUCAAGUAAUUUGGCUCGACGCGGAUCUGUUGGCCUUUGGUACAGCCGUGCCAAGACUCAAGCAGCCGCCGACGCGGAGAACAAGGGAACUACUGACGGAUUUCUUGAGAUUGCUCCUUCCGAGGGAGGCAACCAGACGGUCAAGCGAGUUAAGCGAGAGUUUUGA